AUGUCAUCAAUUUUCAUAGCCCUGUGUUUUAUUAAAACUAUUUCUGCAAGUGAAAAAUGUAUUCAUGGAAAUGCUAUUUACAGAACAAACAAUAACGAACCAGAAUUUAGAGAAUUAACUUAUAAAGGUUUCAUAACCCAAGAUUCUUUAAUUGCGGAUUUAGAAAAAAAUUCAAUAGCAUUAAUGAUUGGAAGAUAUGUAUUCGAAGACGCCGAAUAUCUUACUUUAAUACAAACUGUACCAAUUUCCACCUCUACCGAUGACGUCGAAAUCACCCCCGAUGACCUACCCUAUACGUCUCCGUUAUUACUAUUUUCUGCUCCUGUCGUUCCUAAUUCCCACUUUUCCAAUAAUGAAUUCGGUAGAGAAAGCCUAAUGCUAUCUAAAAAAUUAUAUAAUGGUGUUACUGGUCAUAAAAACAUAGAAUCCGAAGUGAUUGUAUCUUAUACCAAUCAAAAUGGCAGAUAUAAUGCGCUAAAAGAUAACCUAAAAAAAACAGUUCUUUCAGUUAUUGGAAGUUUAAAAAUUGGUGCAAAAAAAAUGCUUCAUAUCAUAGCUACAGACAUCGAAUGGAACUAUGCCGGUAACGAACAAACCUCUGAUAACUCGAACAAAGGAAAAGCAAAAGCUCAAAAUGAUCUCAAUAACCAUCUCGAAAGCAUUGAAGAAAAAUACACCAAAUUAAAUUCUCCCUCUAAAAAAAGACAACGAACAAACUUACCGACUCCUCUUCCUUCAAAAACGCAGAAGACCGAUCCUCAAAACGAACCUCAAAAUAAUACUUCCAAACCUCCAAACAACAAAUCUCUAAACGAUAAUUUUUUACAAGCCGUGAGUCAAAUUAAAAAUACUGGAACCGGACUUCAAAAUAAUAUUAUAAAUAAUAACCGCCCAUCUAACCCUUGA